UGAGAUUUUUGAAUAGGGAAGAUGGCAGCCGUGGCAGUGGUGGAGUUUCAGAGAGCUCAGUCUCUCAUCAGCACAGACAGAAACGCUUCUAUUGACAUUUUACAUUCAAUAGUGAGACGAGAUGUCCAGGAAGAUGAUGAAGAGGCGGUUCGUGUCAAGGAGCAGAGCAUCCUGGAGUUGGGCACUCUCCUGGCGAAGACGGGACAAGCUGCAGAGCUUGGUGGCCUGCUGAAAUUUGUAAGGCCUUUCCUGAUCUCCAUAAGCAAGGCAAAGGCAGCACGGUUGGUGCGCUCUCUCCUGGAUCUAUUUCUGGACAUGGAGGCUGCCACGGGCCAGGAGGUUGAGCUGUGCCUGGAAUGCAUCGAAUGGGCUAAAGCUGAGAAAAGAACCUUCCUCAGACAAGCCCUAGAGGCUCGACUCAUUUCACUCUACUUUGACACAAUGAGAUAUCAGGAAGCCCUUCAUUUGGGUUCCCAAUUGCUACAGGAGCUGAAGAAGAUGGAUGAUAAAGCUCUGCUGGUGGAGGUUCAGCUGCUGGAGAGUAAAACCUUCCACGCUCUCAGCAACCUUCCCAAAGCCAGGGCUGCCCUCACCUCAGCCAGAACCACCGCCAAUGCCAUUUACUGUCCCCCAAAGCUCCAAGCGGCUCUUGAUAUGCAGUCAGAGGAGGUACAGGCCUUGAUCAGUGGCAAACUGGCUCUGCGAUAUGCAGGGCGACAGACCGAUGCACUGAGAUGUAUAGCACAAGCCAGCAAGAACAGAUCAUUAGCAGAUUUUGAAAAGGCCCUGACAGAGUACACUAAAGAGCUGAGGGACGACCCCAUCAUCAACACACAUUUGGCCAAGCUUUAUGACAAUUUGCUGGAACAGAAUCUCAUUCGGGUCAUUGAGCCCUUUUCCAGAGUACAGAUAACACAUAUAGCAGGCCUCAUCAAACUUUCAAAGGAUGAUGUUGAGAGGAAACUGUCACAAAUGAUCCUGGACAAAAAAUUUCAUGGCAUUCUUGACCAAGGUGAAGGAGUGCUCAUCAUAUUCGAAGAGCCCCCUGUGGACAAGACUUACGAGGCAGCUCUAGAAACCAUACAGAACAUGAGCAAAGUUGUGGAUUCACUGUACAACAAGGCUAAGAAGUUAACAUAGAGUAAGCGUCAGAGGCUGCUGCUGCGUGAAAUGGUUGUAUGCGUGUGAGUUUGCCUGUGUGUAUGUGUGUAUGGCCAACAUGUGGAACUUUUUUCUCACAGCAAAAAGGGACAACAUUGAGCAAGAUCUACUUGUUCCCCAGUUGAAAGUUUUUAAUGUUUCUUUUCUUUCAAGUGGACAAUUUCAUCUUUCUGAUCCUCUGAAUUUUUGUUCUUCUCUGUAUCUCUCAACGGCCAACACAGGCCAUCAGGGAAUGUUGUACAACUACAAUAAAAUCCUAAAAUGUCAUAUAGAACUGUAUAGCUCUUCUACAUUGAAAGUUUUUUAAUUACAGCAACUUUGUGAUACAGACUCUUGGGUUUCGGUUAUCUGCGGUUCAUCGGUUGUUUGCAGUAGUGCAUAUCUUUUUCCUUUUUUCUUCAUUUUAUGGAUGCACAUUCUAAAUGAUUGUUAAUAGAUGAGAGAUUCAAAAGAACUUGGCUGUAAGGAAGAGGCUCUGUAAUAAGCACAGUUGCCAAUCAUAUUACCACACACACUAGAAAAUUAUUUUCUAAGUUCGUACGAUCGAGUAUUGUUUUCCGUUUACUUUUUGCAUUAUACCGUCUUUACAGUUUUGUAUUUACAGUGUACUGUUUGCCAAGUAGGGUGGUUAUAUUAAACGGCCCAAUCCUACAAAGGUUUUAGUCCUCUUUGAUUAAAAUAACCUUUUCCCCAACACACAUUUAUGUCUGCACUGAAGUUUAUUCUUUUUUGUUCAUUUGUUUGUUGUUUUUUCUGAUCUUUUCAGAUCAGUAUCUCAAUGCAAACUCCAUUUCUAGUUUGCCGGCAGUAGACUAUUGUAUAAGUUAAAUACCAUCAAUAUUGUUUUAAAAUUCAAUGUUUUGUA